AUGUGCUUAUGUUAUUUUUUUGUCAUUUCAGAGCACAUCGAGCAAAGCGUCCUGCCGGUGCUGUUAAAGCUGUCGGACAAGUUCGCGUUUCCGGACGACAUCCGCAUCGAAGCCGUCGGGGUGAGUGUCACGCGCGUGCGCGUCGGUGCGCGAGAGGCAGAGGGAGACGGAGAAACGCAACCGGCUCUCCCUCGCGCAUACGCUUAUACAUUCACUUCCGGUCCUGUGUGGAACUCGGCAGCCGGCCGGUCGGUCGUCGUUGUCAGUGGCCGUCGCGGUUCAGUCGUUCUCGUCGUCGUUGCUUAUGUUACUCUUGCUUUCGCGCGCUGCGUUGGUCGGUUUCUUGUUCCCUCUGCGCCGCGCUUUUUCUCCCUCGCUCACUCGUCGUCGAAAUGUGUCCGCUUCAUCACUCGCGUUCCACGUGGUAUUCGCACCGCCAUUGUUGCUGCGAAGCGUUUUUCUUCGCGAGCCCGGUCCAGCGAUUUUAAGGCCACGUUUACUCGACCGACAGUCGAAAAAGACGUACAGCUCCGCUCGCAUCUUUCUUCUUCAGCUUACAUUGUGUUACUGUGUCGUACUGUGUUCGUACCGGACGAUUCGAUCCUUCACUCGGUCCGGUUUCUCCCGCGGGUUGUCUCCCUCCCCCCCGGCUCGAUUCACCUGCGCGUGUUCAGUUCUGACACAACUUCACAAGAGCAUGCACUGGAUAGCGAUACAGCAACAAAACUGCGUUCGAGAGGUAGAUCUGUCAUUCGGCGGCGCGACUUACCCUUGCCACCGUUGCUUGUUCCUCAUGUCGUGGUUGUGGUCUCCUGUUUGUCGUGGCGCGAGUCUUGUCACCGGCGUUCACCGAUAACCGCUUUACUGACGCAGUUGUAUGGGUUUUCAGAAGUUGCGUGCAAAAAGUUCCGCAAUUUUCCCAUGCUUUCGGGCGAUCACCCACCGGUCGACCAACCGAACCGAACUCCGUCGGUUAUCUUCGAGUCGUUCGACAAGCGGAGGCGUAGCGGUCGCUUUCCCACCGUUUUGUUCUUGACGUCGACCGAUUCUACGCAUAAGCCAUUCCUUAACGAUCUAUACAUUUUAUGGCUGUGUGCUGUAGUAGGUGAGGUGCUCAGUGGUCGUGGCGUCGUGGCAACAGGGUGUCGUGUGAAGCUAUGCUCUUUCGAUCGCUCGGGCCCACCGAUUGCGCACAGCCACCGCUGCCUCACUACUCUGUUUUUCGACGCAACGAUGACCCCGUGCAGCUACAGUGGUGGUGUUGUGGUGGCUGGCGCGUGCUUUUGUCCUCACCUCCGCGUCGAUGCCUGUUUGCCGCCGUCCUUCGACCUACCCUGCCCGGACGAGUCUAAGCUUUUCUUUCCAGUCAGACGUCAGUUGUACAUGACGCUGCGAAUGCCAUGGUUUUCGCCCAGUUGUGUGUGCAGUGAGAAACAAGCGAGAGCGGCGAAAAGCCGGUGGGUAGAGUUGUGUUUUGCCGUGUUCCAUCGCGCCACUCGCUUUUCCUUGCCAUACAACGCGCAGUGUGAGCGAGCGAACGAGGCGUAUCGACCAUCGCUCGACCUUGUGUUCUUCUCGUCAUCAACGCUGCCUGUAAUAAGUCUGUUACGUUUAUCACAGCCAGCUUUGAUGAACGAGGCGUCCACCGUGCUGCUGCUGCACUCAUGUCGUUUUCCUCAUCAUCAUCGUCAUCGUUUACGUAUGUUGCUUCUGUUGACGCGUAUUGGUGUGGUGGCGGUGGUGGUUUCGUUUGGUCGUCCGGUCGAUUGCAGCUCGGCGAGCGAGGCGUGUGUGAUGGCGAUGCCAUUGGACUGGCAGGCCAGGCGAUUCACUCGUGUAGUAGGCCUUGUCGUUCGACACAUACAGACAGGCCAGUACAUUAGCAUUACCCGCUUGGUGAAUGACCGCGACCGUAGCGAAGGUAGUAGGCUAAAGUUGAAAUAG